AUGCAUAAGCUUUCGUCGCUAGAGGCGCUUCUGCUCAUCAAUAACAACGUUACAUUCACUACGUUAUUCGACAAGAACGACAAUCUUCGGGAAUUGACCUUGCAUCCGAACUGCGAUGGCUUUACAAGAAACAACCCCGCUGAACUAGGGCAGCUGCUUCCGAGAAACCUUAGGAAACUCCGCUUGGGUCAGGCAGUUGUGGUGCACCCUUCUCUCGAGUUCGACAUACCAAUGAACAUCACCGACUUGUCCUUGUUCAUCGUCAGGGAUGCCACCUUGAAGUUUCUUCCGACAAUUGUGGAAAGCAGCCAAUGUCUACGUGAGUCCUUCGUUUAUCAAUCGGGCUUGGCUGAAUGCUCUGUUCAUGCACACUACGAGCACAUUCUGUGGCUUCUACAGAAGGAAACGCAGCUUACUAAGGUGGCGCUUACCAGUAUCAAAAACGAGAGUGGCGUUUGGGACCUACGAAAGUACGAGCUGUUGCGCAGCAUCCAGAUCUCAAAGAGCAACAUCCAUCUGAUCGAUCUACCGCCUCAGGUGGUGAACUUGAACUUGUCAGACAACAACAUCACCGACCUUGUGGAAACGGUCUUUUGCAAGCUUUCCCUGAAACUUUUGACCCUCGAUGUUUCCGGUAAUCCUGCCGAGUGGAGCCAACAUGACUAUGCUGAGUUUCCGAAAUCUCUCGUCGAUCUCAGGAUGGCCAACUGCAACAUCGGCACAAGCAUCGACAUUUUCAGAUUUCCUACCAACCUCGAGAGGCUCAAUCUCGAGCGAAACAGCAUAGUUCUGAUUGACGGUGUCAAGCUUCCUAAUCCAUCUAGGCCAUUUACACUAGAACUAGCAUGCAAUUUACUCACUGAUGUCCAUAAUAUUCGCUUCCCAAAAACCACCAAAAAGCUCAUGUUCUGUGAAAACAAGCUUCGGGGCCUGUUGGAUGUUUCCCAAGAUAUAUUUGGUGAACCGACACAGAUCGAAUGGCUCCUGCUUAGCAACAACUGCAUUGAAUCUCUCGCCGAUGUGAGACUUCCACAUACGCUUCGAAUCUUUGAGAUGGACCGCUGUCCUCUCAAUAGUCUUGAAAACGUGCUUUUCCCAUCGUCGUUGGAAGAGCUCAUCCUCGUUGGCUGUGAUAUCUCCAGUAUCAAGAACGUCGCCUUUGAAGAAGAUUCCCGUCUUGUUCGGAUCGACUUGACUCACAACCGUAUAGACGCUGAGAGCCUAAGCCGUUUGAAGCUCCCACCCGGUAUCAAGCUGAUACUUCUCGGUGCAAACCGCAUAGAAGCUUUAGAUGUUGCCUACCUCACACAGUUCAGUGACCUUCGCUGCUUCAGCAUUCCCUCCAACCGACUUCGCCAGGUCUCUCUUCAGGUACCAGGAAACAUCAGACUACUUGAUCUCGCCAGAAACAAAAUCAAAGACGUCGAGCUUCGGUUUCCUCCAAACAUCAACACUCGACUUGGAGCAGUCAACCUUCUGCGAAACAUGCUCAGCAGCAUGGACCCCUCGAUGCUCGGCCACGGCGUCAAUGGAACGUUGCAUUCCAAUCUUAUCGAGCUCGAUCUUUCAGGCAACAAGCUCAAUGCUGGAUUCCUCGAAGGAUUCCCGAGCCUGCUUUCAUGCGUCUUUCUAAACGGUCUGGGUAUCACUGACCGGUACGGCUACGACAUUGGCGCCAACAUUUUGGGCCAUGGCUACUGCAUGGGCAAAAGAAUAGAAACGUGA